CGGGUCAAGUAAAAGGAAGCAGGAAAGGCAACAAGCCUUGUCCCGCUCAUGUUGUUCGAGAAAGGGCUACUGAUGAUAACCCACGCAUGUCUUCUCUGUCUAUAUAUCGGAACCCUGGGUCGCCAUGGGAGGAACGGGCGGUAUGCUUUUUCUUUGACCAAUAUACGGCUUGUGACAAGCCUGAAGGUGGCAGUCACCUGGGAUUUAUCCCGAGGUUGUAUGCGGGCUGUCAAGGGCCUGGCGCCGUGGAGCCAGCGCCUUCGUGUCUGCGUCUCGCGGUUGAUGCUGCAGCCUUGCUCACCUUGGGUAAUCAGGUCAAGGCGCCCUCGCUGGUCACACAAGCGAGACACCGGCUUGCUCUGGCGGUGCAGGGACUGCGUCGGGCGCUGGACUCGCCGGUCGAAAGGGUAAAGGACAAUACCUUUGCAGCCGUGGUCAUUCUUGCACUUUUCGAAGAUAUCUCAGGCGAGCGGAACGGGCUUGCGAGCUCCCACACUGUGGGCUUUGAAGCCCUCAUGAAGCUGAGGGGCGAGAGUCUACUCAACGAGCAGGGGCUAGAUAUGUUUAAGUUUGCAUAUGUUCACACGCGCAUUGAAGCUUUACUUCUGCGGCAGAAGCCACGGUUCAGUACUCAUGAUCUUGUCAUGCGUCUUGAUCCUGCCGAUCCUCUACAACGGCUGAUAAUGGUGGUGAACGAGCUUGAUCCAAUGUCCCUCGAGAACCCCCUGACUUCCGACACCACCGAUCCUGGAGUCAUCACUACUCUUGCCUCCAGGAUCGAAAUCUAUAGGGCCCUGGACUCCGAAUUAGCAGAGUGGAGUCGAAGCCUGCCGACAAGCUGGCUCCCCCACGCUUGCCGGUCGCAUACCGGCGAAGAUGUGCUGACCUACCAAGGGCAGUUUUCGGCGUCGAUUUGGUCCUACUAUCAUGCCCUUCGCAUAUUGCUACAGGUGACGAUCCUCGAAUUCCUCCAGACGUUGACCUCGAUUGUGCGUUCGAGCGGCAUCCAGCGAGAAGCCGUCCGACAAGAAGCCGAGGGAUCACGGCUGAUCCAAAGCUUAAUCGGCGAUACGUGCCGUGCGAUCCCGUUCUCGUUCGGGGCGAUCGAUCAGCUGGGCAACCCGUUGGCUUCGCAGGGGGCAUCUCAGAUUCGGGCUUUCAACGUCUACCAUAUGAUCUGGCCGCUGUGGUAUAUCUUGACGUGCGGGCAUGCGACACCAGCCCAGGCCCAGCAGAUCCGGCGGGCGCUGGCGGAAAAGGGUUCCGAGGUCGGGAUCAAGCUGGCCCUUGUGCUUGCUGAGGGUGGUCAGGGUGUGAUGCCAUUGAUGCUUGGAUCUUUGGCGCCGAGUAAUGAGCCGCGCCUUGCUCUGGAGUGUCCGUGACGGGUAUUGAUGGUCGCUUUGUUGGUCGUCCUUCCAAUCGGAUCUACUAGGGUGUAUAAAUGAUUAUAUCCAGUUAUAUGUUGAGCAUGCUACAACUUUUCAGACUGAGUAGAAUAGAUACUAUCCGCAACCACGCAGGCAUUUGAUG